AUGCACAUACAUAUUUAAUAUCUCUUUGUUCAUUGCGUUUCAAUCGUUGCUUACCGAAAUACAAAUGCAUAUACAUAUGUAUGUGUUUACAUAUACAUAUCUGCCUGCAUGUUCAUAUAUAUAUGCGUUUGUAUAUAUAUUUCAUGUGACUCCUUUUAGGCAUACAUUUUGGGUAUACGUCUGCGAGCUCGUCCACAAAAUAUUUUCCAUUUCUUUGUAGCAUCAUUUAUUUAGUCGCCUUUCAUACACCCAUUCACUUAUUAGGAUUUGGUCAUGCUUUAGGUUUAUCAUAGCUUAUAUUUUCCCUUGUCUUUUACCUUCUCUAUUUCUCUGUAUCAUUUGCAAUAAGUGUACAUAAAUAUGUGUGUAUGUACGUUCAUAUCAAUUAUUGCUGUGAUGCUGAUGCUGUUCCAACGUACAGAUUCGAUUUUUCCACCAGCAAAGCAGUUUGUUUUAGGCAAUAGUCGGGCUCUCAUUGAAAGCACCCCCAUUAAGCAACACCCCUUAAAAGAGAAAGCAGAGAGCCAGCGCUCUUCGGCUUCACUUCUUGUCUGCGAGAAAACUAAAUUUAGCAAAUAUUAUACGCGACAAUGCAUACUACAACCCUACAGUUAUUGACGCAGCAUGCAAGAAAUUCACUGCUUGUUCUUUCACCAAAUUUUUUCCAAUUCAGUUUCUUUCUGUGUUUUAGACCAGUUCAAUGUUUCGAUAAAUUGGAUGGAUUCUUCAUUAUUUGAAGACAAUGCUCGAGAUACAUACAAUAGUUAAUUGCUGCAUUUGAUUUUUUUUUAAUUUUUAAUAAACAUAGUUGUGCUCCGCUACGUUUAAAAUAAUACUCCGAUCACUUAAAUCAAUUAUAAAAAUAUGUUUUGUUAAUCAACAACAAAAUACAAGAAAAAACCGUUUUUGUUACUUACAUACAUGUAUUGUACAUAUGUGCAAUGCCAUCCUAUAUCCCCACUUCUAUUAAGAUGUAUUUUAUUAUAUUUUAAUUCCUUUAACAUUGAAUUGCAUAUAUGAAUAAAAACGACAUACACAAGUUCAUAAAUCGAAAGGAGUGCACAAAUUUCUUUCCCCUAAAAUUACUGAAAACCUUAAUUCACUUACAUACAAUAGAAGAAACUAUUAUAUAAGAAUCUAAUGUGCCAAAAUACUUCGCUAGUAAAUACCAAAGCACUUUAAGUAAGAAACAUAGUGAAAUUAUUGCUUAAAAUAUUUUUUUUGGAAUAAAAUAUUGCCAUCUAGCAUAUCAAUAGUGUUUCAUAAGCCCAACAUUUGUGUCAGUUCACAUAAUUCAACAGCAUUGCGUUGAGUGAAAUAACGGAAGGAGUAAACACAUACAUAAGUUCGCUAUACGCAACCCAAAUACAAAAGCCGCCAAACUGUGGGGUUCAGGAGCAUUUUUUCUUCCUCCUCAAGGAAUGUAUUAUCCGGUAAGUGAAACCAAAUUUAGUAAAAAGCAUGAAUACGCGUUUUCACGUAGUGCAGGCUGGAGUAGCGCCAUUUCCAGGCGCACCAGCUGGCUACCCGUCAACAGGUACUCAGGUGGGUACCACAAACCCGGAUGGCCUAUCCAUGGCCGUUACUGCCAUCAAAGCCGAGCCCAUUUCACAAUUGAAGCCAGAAAAUGGAACUCAGGCUUCGGGUCCCGGAAAUGUAGCUACGUCGGCUGCUUCUGUACAGAUGUAUAUGCAGCAAAAGAAGACAAAUCUGCCUACGGCAAUUCCUCACAUCAACAGCUGCACUGUUUCUCCGAUCACAUCGCCUACGACAACAACAACACCAGCAUCAGCAGCUAUUGUGAAUACCACUUUGGUAAAUGGAGUUCAAACACAUAAUGGCGCUCACGGUGUCGCACUCAGUAAUGGUUUGUCCCCGACGAUCGUUCUAAAUGGUUUUGAACACAAACAACAGCAACAGAUGCAGCAAAAGCAACAACAACAACAUCAAGUGCAAAUACUUCAACAUCACCGACCUUAUACACAUUUCAACCACCAAAUGCACCUGCAAACAAUCCAAGAACAUUCACAGACGCAAUCCCAGUCACAACUACCGGUCCAGACGCCAAAUUUGACUAUGACGGUGACGACGUCGACGUCACAACCACAAAGUAUUACCCUAUCUUCAGUAUUGCUUAAAAAUGAAGCAGAUGCAAACACUGUUCAACAACAACCACAGCAACAACAAGGUAGUUUGAGCAGCCCUAGCGGAGUAUCUGGUGGCGGAAGCGGCAAUAUUACUUCGAUGGCAAAUAAUUCCGUUCCGCUAGCUGCAACAUCGACUAAUAGUACAGGCAAUUGUAUUAGCAUCCAGGGUCAGUCUGCAAACGGUUGUGGAGUAGCUACGGCCGUAUCAUCUUCGACCGAGAGCAGUACUUCAACUGCUGUCGGCGCCACCGCCGUUACAACCACCGUGUCAACUGGUACUACAGGAGAUCUGCUCAGCAGUACACACCAACAACAGCAGCUCAUUACUGGCAUAGGAGCAAGUCAAACCACUGUAUCAGCAGCUCCCACCUCUGUUACUACGACUUCAGCUGCUACAGGAGCAUUGGCUGCGACAAGUACUGCUACUAGUACAACAAACCCUGGUCUAUUACCUGCAAGCAUGUCGGCUUCCCAAUCCGUUGGCGGUUCAAUUGACUCAACAGCGAUUUUGUCGCCAUUAGUAAGUGGGGCAAGCACAUCUCAGGUCCUCGCCUGUCUUAACGCUACUAGCGUAGCUGCUGGUGGUGGCAUUGUGACCUCUGCUGUGCCAUCAACGCCUGUUGCAACUAGUCUCACUUCAGCGCUAGUGCCACUAAAUCAACAGCAACAAGCUAUAAUCGAUGCCAAAAAUCAACCGAAACGUUUACACGUCUCCAAUAUACCUUUUCGAUUCCGGGAUCCUGAUCUCCGCGCUAUGUUUGGGCAAUUCGGCACCAUAUUGGACGUGGAAAUCAUUUUCAAUGAACGCGGCAGUAAGGGCUUUGGCUUUGUAACGUUCGCAAAUAGCAAUGACGCUGAAAGAGCCCGUGAACGUCUUCAUGGCACUGUGGUUGAGGGACGCAAAAUCGAGGUGAACAACGCCACAGCCCGUGUGCAAACGAAAAAAGUAGCAGCUGUCCCAAAUGUUGUUCUGACUAAAGACGGCGCCAUACCGGCUCCAGCUCUAGUGUGCGUUCAAUGGCCAGAAGCAACGGUCGCUGCUGCAGCCGCCAUGAGAGGCGUUGCCAUCCAACGUGGGCAUAUGGGAGUUGUAAGUACACCAUUCAACCCCGCUUUGACCGCUGUUGCUGUAGCAGCGCAGCAACAACAGCAUCAUCACCAACACCAUCAGGCUCAUCACCACCCACAUCAUGCUCAACAAGCAGCAGCGGCAGCACAUCAUCAAUUGGGAUUGCAACAAGCAUUGCAGGUGCAGUCAGCUGGAGCUACCAAUCAGGCCCAUGCCGCCGCUGCCGCCGCCGCUAUACACACCAGUGCCGCCCAACAGCAACUUCAGUCUUUAGCUCAUUCAGCGGUAGCCGCGGCCGCCAAUACACCACAGGCGGCCAAUGCAGCAGCAGCUGCAUAUGCAGCACGUUUUAGUGCCGCAGGUGCCACUGCCCAAUCCCCAUCCGCUGCAGCUGCUGCAUCCAUAGCCGCUGCGGCAAAUGCAGCAGCGGUAGCCAAUGUAGCCGGUUCUGCAUUACACGGAUUUGCACCCGUUUACUACGAUCCCUUCUUAGCAGCCGCUGCAGCUUCCGCUGAUCCAAAUUUGCGCUUCCAGGCAGCCAAACCAGUCGCAGAAGUUCCAGCCGCACAGCCAGCAGCCAUAUUAAAUCGCCGCACUGUGACAACGCUAAACAGUUCCCCACAUACGAUCAACCGCAUUCCGGUACCACAAAACGUUUUGGCUACAGCUCCGCUGCUAAAGACUCCAUUGUCACAAGCUCAGCAGGCGUAUGCAACAGCCGCAACAACCUAUACAGCGGUGGCAGCUAGAGCUGCUUACGGCGCUGCAGCCGCCGCUGCUCAGCCGGCACUUGCCGGUUAUGCUACUGUCGCGGGUUACGCGGCAAGAGAAUACGCAGACCCUUACCUGGGACAUGGCAUCGGGCCGGUGCCAGGCUAUGGAGCAACCAUGUAUCGAGGUGGAUUCAAUCGUUUUGCGCCAUACUAAUUCAAGAAUCACGAACCACAUAGAGAUUAUGGCAUCUCGAAUCAGUUGUGCUCAGCAAUUGCGAAUACUCUCAAAAUGCUUGCACAUCACAUGAUAACAAAUUAAAAUUUAUUAUAAGGAUAUAUAUUUAAUUCUAAGCCAAAAGAAAAAUGCUCAAUGCAAAUUGCAACUUUUAAUGAAGCAACCAAAAAUACUCAUGAGAAAGGUAAAUAAAAUGAGUUUAAAUCAAAUAUUAGAGUAACAAAGCAAAUAUUACAAAAAAAUAAGUACGCGGAUACAUAUUAUCUUAAAACAUACGUACAGAAGAAGUCAUUGAACCAAAAAAAUAAUAAUAAUUUAACGUAAAUCUAACAGCAAAUGAGUAGUUGUUAAAUUAAAUGUCGUCCAACCAAUAUUUGAAAUUAUAAUAAAUUCAUAAAUAUAUACUAGUAAAAGAUAAAAUAAGCCAAAAAAGAUUAGUUGAAACUCAGAUGGAGAGAAAUGUCAGCUAACAAACUUAUACGAGGUCAUCUCCUGAUAAAUGACAUACAUUUCAUUUAUAUCUAUUUUAUGUUAAAUGCUUUGCAUUUAAUGCAAAAUUAAUUACAUAUAUAAAUGUAUGCAGUUCAUUAUGAAAACAAAGAUGAAAUGAUGAGAAAAAAAGCAUAGGUACAUAUUAUUUACUAUGAUUCAAUCAUUCAAUAUAAACCUUAAAGAUGAUAAAAAUUGAGAUUAUUUCAUACAUAUUUUUCAGAUUAAUGUUGAUAUUAUUUUUAUUUACUAUAAUCAUUAUUAAUUCACAAUGAAAUAUUCUUAAGAUAAUUUUUUUUAGUACGAGUAUUUGUCAAAAUAUUUUAAAUUUUAGACCCUCUAUUGUACAAAUUUAAUUUUUUCUUACAAACUGGUAUUCCCUUCUGUAUAUUGCAAGGUAUAAAGGUCUCGGGGUCACUAAUAUCUUUCACUGUAUUAGUUGGGUUAUAUAUAUCUGCAAUAAUAAAUGGACUAACAUCCAAAGUUAUGUCUCCAACGCUGUACCAAAACUUUGUUAGUUAGUUCAAGCUGGUUCAGCUAUAUAUACAUCUGUGCACCAAAUACACCAAAGGCUGAAUACCAUUAAUUAUUGUACAUUUUUAAUUUCGCUUGGCAGCUCGAAAUGCUAUUUUAAAAUCUAUUUUAUUAAAAUUAUUUUAAUUUUUUAAUCACUAUCAGGAAAUAAAAGAUUUUGCUCAAAAAAAAAUCGACACUUAGACAUAUCCUUAAUAAAUUUAAAUAACUACUCUUUUACUAUUCAAGUAAUUUUUCUUCCCUAAAAUUUGUAUGAGUGUAUGUAUUUAUAUUCAUGAUAUGAUUGGAUAUCUCUGAAAAUAAAAAUAAAUAGUGUUGUAUUUACUUGUGAUAAGAAUACAAACGAGUGAACAAAUAAGAAACGCUUCCAAUAUAGUUUAGAUUUUCAAAUAUCCGUACUCGAAUAUGUACACCGAAAUGCAAUCAAAGACCUUCCUAUUCCGUAUAAUUUUACGGAAAUAUAAAUAUUAUAUAAUGGUGGUCUGUUAGGAUCGUUUAAAACCAAAAUAUGUAGCCGGUUUUUAAAUAUUGGCAUAGGUAUGCACAAAUAUAAGUUUACCGAAUGGAAGAUCACAAAAAACAUCGUUAUAAGCAAUUCCCUAAAUGUUUAUGAAUGCAGCUAUCACAAAUUGUGAGUAAUCAAUUAAAUUUUAUGUAUAGAAUGAAAAUAUAUUGUUCUUAAAAUCACAACUAAAAUUAAUUGUAUGUCUUUUAACGUGCGUGUUCUUGCUUCGCUGUCGCGCCUUUAAAAAUAUCCAAAUCUCUUCCUAAGUAUCGCUGAAGGGCACUAAAGGUAAAAAAAAAAUUUUUGCUCAAAUUAUUGUUAUACAAAAAAAUUUAUGUAGAUAUAUUUAGGAUACUUACAUAUAAGUAUGUAUGUAAGAGUAGACUCUGUAUCAUCUGCUCUAUUAUAGGCAAGUUUUUUUUAAUAAAUUUUUGAAAUGAGAGGGUUUUUCGACCAGAACUUGUCAGUUGCAAACUAUACCACGCACACAAGUUUUAAACAAAAACAAAGCCUACAAAUUUAAAUGGGAAAGCGAAAAUAUUCAAAGCACAAGUAGAAAUACGACAAGAGCAUAAAAUAUACAAAACUUCCGUAAGACCUUUUUAAUUGAGAAGUGAAAGUAAAAUACUCAUAAUAGAAAAUAUAAAUUUAUACAAAUAUAUUUUAAGAAUCGAAAAUUGAAAAACGAUGAAACAAGAGAUGUAUGAGUAUAAAAAAAGUAGAAAAUACAUUUACCACACCAAGUAUUUAUGAAUAAAUUGAAAUACGCGCAAAUUAUUGUAGACAAGUGAUUUUUUCGGAUAGUACGGAAAAAUCACUCCAAAGCAAACUCAUCUUGCAUCAGCGCUUAUGAUAAUUAACGCUAAGCAAAAGAUUUAAUCCUAAAGCCUCCAAAAUUUUAAUUGGAAUCUUAUUGUUAAUAUGUUAUUUUAUGUUAACAAAUUACUUCGAUCGAAGCCAAAGUUUAAUUUUUAGUGAAACACACUAAAUCAAAAAUACUCUUUUUUUAGAUGUAAUAUAAUUACUUUAGGUUAUAAUUUUAAAUAUUUUACUGUUGAAUAAGCUAUCUUCAAAAUUACACUUGAACAAAAUAAAUUUGAAAUAUUCAUUUCAAUUUAUUUAUUUAUGAGUUAAAUAUAAGUGUGUUCUAAAAAAAAAAAAUUAAAAAAAAAAAAAACAAAUAUAAAAACUAGCAAAUAAAUUACUAUGUCUACGUACGGGUCAAAAGUGAAAUCCAAUCCAUUUAUGCCAAAUUACUCGUAGAUUUCAAAUGAAAAAUAUAAAAAUUCACAAAAUGAGAUUAAUACAAUGGCAGUAUCAGAGAAAAUCGUCUUAUAAUUACAAUCUUAAAAGUAAAUACAUUAUAUUAUCUUUCAAUAUUGCUAUAGACUUGCACAUAGAAACGUUUAAAAGCAUCACUUUAGAAUCUGCAAAUGCGAACAUUUUUACUUAUGAAGAUUUUUGAAUGUGGCUAGAUGCGAAAUGCGGUAAUUAACGUAAAUAAACAAGGCAAAUUUACAGAAGUUGAAGUAGUCACAUUAUUUGAAUUGAUUGAAUUUGCUUUGGAAGGUAAAGAAAAAAAAGCGUUUAGGGUUUCUGACACAUUAUUCACAGACUUCUUGCUAGGAAUUUUGUAAUAAUUUCAUUCAAAUAAUACAAAUUUUUUAUAUGCGUUGUUUUACAUGAAGUCAUAAUAAGGCCGAACAAUUAUAAAUAUUUUACAGCAAUAAAAUGUAUGUAUGUUUGUAUAAACUUCUGCCAUGAUAAAAAUAUCUGUAAGGUACAACCUAGUUAGCAUCUAAACUUUUGCCCUUUACUGCACCUCAAUCAGCUUACCAAAACAUUACAAUUUUCUUUAGUUUUCAAUCAUAGUUUUCUUUAAUUUAUUUAUUAAUUCGAAAAAGUUUUUCAAAAUGACAGCAAAAAGAGCGAACAAGCUAAUUGCGAACGAACUGAGUGAGUGAAUGUACCUUAUAUAUAUUUUUAUAAUGCUUUUUAAUAACACAAAUUUCCAUCCAGUAUAUGAGAUUUUCUAAAUCCGGUUUAAACAAAAACAAAUCAAAUAUAAGUAAACACCACGGAACCUCCUCUUUUACUCACUGCAUUACGCAAGCAACAACAUACCUAAGAAUUUAAACUUGUAUUACGUAGAUUACAUAAUGUUUUUAAAGACACAAGUUCAAAUAAGAAAAAAAUGAUUAUGAUUAGCAUUAAAUAACACGCUCAAAAUACAUAUGAAUGAAUUGAAUAAUGUAACACCUAUUUAAAAUAACCAUUAGAGUUAAAUGUGAAGAAUUAGUAUUCAAUGAUUUUCGUAAAAUAUAGAAAAAUCAAAAUGAUUGACAAUGUUUGGUAGUAAAAAUCGACAAAAAUUUGCUGGUAAUCUCAAAUAACAAAGUUAUCAUUCAUAUAUCUAUGUAUGUAGUAUUGUGAAAAUUACAUAAAUGUUAGUCAAACAUUUUAAUAAAAAUAAUACAUUGCAAAAAUAUGCAUAAAGAAAUAUAAUUAAAAUGUAGAACGUAUAAUGUGCCAAAUUGUGAAAAAUGUUCUAUUGUACUUUAGUCAUAUCUAUUGUAACUUCACAAAAUAUAUUCAAAAAAGAUAAACCAUGAUUUACCUAUAUAAUUAUUUCAUUAUUUCUUGAAAACUUUAUUCUUUCAAAAUAGCUAUUUGAUAGCGAUUGCAAUUUCAUUCAUGUUUUUACUCAAUUAGUUUAAUUAAGUAAUUAUAUAUAAAGCAAGUGCAAAUCAAAUAUACUUUCAUACAAUUAGCAGUA